GAAGCGCUUCAUCAUUAUUCUCUCUUCAUCCUCCCUCUACAUAUUUCCGGGGGCCCUGCCUGCGAAGCUUGUUGAAUUUCACACCGGAUGAGAGUUCCUGGGCUCGAGUAUCGCCAGAGAUUUCGGAUGGUGUAGCUACGAGUUGUCUGCAAGAAGCCGGAGAUGGUGACCGCAGGAAGCAUGAUGCAUCUCGAGCGAAUGGGCAGUGAGCUCAAAUGUCCUGUUUGCUUGAGUCUCUACAAGAGCGCCGCUACUAUAUCAUGUAACCACACAUUCUGCCGAUCUUGUAUUUUAGAAUCCGUGAGAGCGACAUCUUGCUGCCCCAUUUGCAAAGCACACACGACAAGGCGAGAGGUUCGUCCAGCGCCUCAGAUGGAUAGUCUUGUCGAUAUUUUCAAGGGAAUGGAAUCUGCUGCCGGUAUAUGUCUAUUUCCAACACAGUCCACUCAAGUUUCUCCUCCUGAGAAGCUUUCCAUUCAGGGGAUCAAAGCACAGGGCCAAGGAAGACAGAAAACAAUCGUUGCACCUUCUAAAAAGACGAAAGCUGCAAACAAGGCGCUGGAUCCUCGAAAAAAAAGGCGGAGGAGCAAAAGUAACCUGUCGGAAUCAGAUGACUCUGAUGUAGACGAGAACUACAGAGUAAACUACGAGCGUGCUCUGGCCAGUCAGCUGAAUUGCAAAGCGCAGGGCGUGGUUCUAGCUAAGAAGAGGGUCCAGGUUCCAAAAUCCUCUCAAGUUUUUGUUGAUCUGAACUUAAACAGUGAGCUCGAGCAGGAUAUCAAUAUCAACGAUGGCGUCAACAAUGACAUUCCGUCCCAUAUCAGGACCUCGAUCUCGUACAGGCCAGAGCCACUGCCGAGCUCAGAUGUGGAGAGCAACUCAAGGUCUGGAAUGCUUCUGGACUUUUUAAAGCCUGCUGGUCAAGAUGUACCACUCCAACACCAGGAAGGGGUCGACAGACAAGUAGAGAAAUCUCUGUGUGACAGUACGGAAGUAAAACACGAUCAUGCAGGUCUGAACCUGGACCUAGAGUUGCAGGGCUUUCCAUCUUUGCGCCAGGCCUUCAAUGAGUUGCCUCAGUUGACUCCUUUCUUCUGGCUCCAUAAUGAUCCUACCUCGCCAACGGAGGAUGAGCUAUUCACCCAAGCCCAGCUCUCAGCGCCGGCUCUGCGCCCGGCAUUCAGUGAUUUGAAGGAUUCUGAUGAUGAAGGAUCCUUGGACGACGUUCAACAACCGGGAGAAGAGCGAAGUUGUGAGUAUGGAGAGGGUGAAGGCUAUGACAGUGAUACGUUUGCAUGGACACAAAGGCCCUGCUCUCCCGAAUUAGCUUGUAGUCCGACAACAUUCAGGGAACAGUCCGGAAGGUCUUUCAAGCAGAAGCCCCAAGGGGAGGAAGAUCAUUUGCAGAAUAGGCCUUUGCAAGAUCCACUCAUUGUUGCAGAAACAGAUGCAGAUAAUUCCCUUUCAGCUCCCAACAAUUUACAUCAUCAGGUACUAACACAAAGCGUCCAAGUAGUACCCGCCAAGGAAAACUCACGCAAGAAGCCAUUGGGAGACCGCAAGGAAAACGUUCCGAGGAUUCGAAGACAUUCUGUGGUCAAGAAUGGCGAUGACCGUUCUCCCAUUUCCACGACAAGUGAAUCUGUAGCGCGACCCGCAUGUCCCGAAAUUGACAUGACUGCCGGUAAUGGUACAGAACGAAGGCCCACUAGAUCCAGAGCUCCUUCUUCUACCGAGAUAAAAGAAUGUGCAGCGGUGGCAAGCAGAUUUCUGGAUUUACUUCGUGAUGGACAUCCUGAGGCUGCUCCUCAGCGUCUUCUCGUUGAAGACGGAGUUGGAGCGAAGGUAUCUGACGCUCAAGUUGAGGAAUCUAACAAGGAGAGGCUUGCACCUGUUGCAAAAUCAAAAGCUGCCUCAGAAACAACCGCUACCGCUUGUAGAUUUUGUGGCAAUAAGGGCAAUUCUGAGGUGGCCGGUGAAAUGAUGCGUUAUCCAGCGGGAUCCAACAAAUACCUUCACGUUCACAAACUUUGCGCGGAAUGGGCUCCUAAUGUAUACUUUGAAGAUGAUGAUCGUCCACGGAAUCUCAGUGUCGAGGUUUCUCGAGGAGGUAGAAUCAAGUGUACUGUAUGUGGGAGAAAAGGGGCAGCACUCGGGUGCUGCAACAAUAAGUGCAAGAAUAGUUAUCACUAUCCUUGUGCAAGGCUUCUUCAAGGAUGCCAGUGGAACGAGGACGAUUAUGUAAUGUUCUGUCCUCUUCAUGCACGCGGAAGAGCUCCAAAAGCCCGAAGGCAAUCUGGAGACGGUUCAAGUUCCACUUUAGAGACCCAAGUGGUUGAUGUACCCAGCGUUCCAGCCGCUCGAUCUCAAGCGAGAUCGGGAAGGAGAGCACCAGGUCCUGCGAUUUGCGAGGAAACAAGAGCAACGCAAUGGUCCCCUGGACCUGCUGCUAAAUGGGUCUUGUGCGGGUCCGGUUUGGACUCUAAGCUCAAGGUUCAAGUAGCCUCGUUUGCCACGCUUACCGGUGCGACUGUGGUUACGCAAUGGAGUUCAGCCGUGACUCAUGUCAUAACCUGGACCGAUGAGCAAGGCGCCGCUAAGAGGACCCUGAAGUACUUACUUGCAAUGUUGGAGGGCAAGUGGAUCGUCAGAAUCGAUUGGAUCAACGAAUGCUUAUCAAGGAUGCGCCCAGUCCCCGAGGACCUCUACCUCGUUACUUGCGAUGUGAAUGGUUUUUAUGGCGGUCCAUGCCUCAGCCGCCAUCUUGCAGUCAGCAAGGCACCGAAGUUAUUUGAAGACAUAUCCUUCUACCUCUGUGGGGAUUUUACUUCAGUGCUGAAGGCAGACCUGCAAUCCCUUAUAACAGCGGGAGGGGGGACUGUUCUUCACCGAAGACCACUGCCUACGACCUUGACGUCCUUCACCGACCUCUCGGAUCUGCAAGAGACUCCCCUUGCAGGUCAAACGAUCGUACUUUAUAACGCAGAUCCAGACUCUGGCAAGGACAGAAAUCUCGCAAACAGGAUACAGGAAGCAAUGUCCAUAUCAAUCCCCGCUCGUGCACACGCCCUCCCCUGCACCUGGUUGCUCGACUCAAUAGCCCACUGCAGGUUGCUUCCUCCAAACUAGAGCUCAGAAGUUUAAUACCGAAUAGGCAACUUGGAUAAGUUGAUUGCCACACUAUUGGUCAUCUUUCGAAACUGCCAGUUCCUUAGUCUCAUCGGAAACGUUGUAGAUAAAUCACAAGUAAGUGACCCUCCUGCCUUUUUCUAGGCAUCGUAGCAGAUUUAUACCUUUGAAUCAUCGCCCUCGAUCAGUGUGCUCUAGAGCGUCAGAGUCCUUUAACGUGAGGAUGCGAUUGUCUCUCGGCUUAGUCGUAGUGGAGAAACGAAGUAGUGUAAGAAAAAUUUAUCUCGGAGCUCAUAUUGUACAGGGCAAUCAUUAAGAUUCCAGUUUUUAUAGGUAUGUGAAUGACAUGACCAAAAUUAUAGCGAGUGAAAGUGGAAUGUGGAAAUUGGGAAAGGUGGCUCGUCACCACAUCGUACGCAAGGGCACAAG